AUUUAUUCCCUUUAGCUUAGCACUAUGAUUUUCCCAUACGAAAAUGCCUAAAAUUCUACCUAUAUUUACUUUCUAGGGUUCUUCUUUCUCUCAUCUUUCGCUCUGAUCCAAAUCGAACCCAUCUCUAACUUCUAAUUUCCUAACACAGAUCUUCUCCUCAAUCUUCCUUUUCUUCGUUUCACCGUUUCUUCUCAAACACUCUUCGUUUCUAGUUUCAAUAUCUUUCACAUCGGUUAUCUUCCUUCCUCGAAUCUCUGAUUCUCUUAGCGUUUUCAUCUUUCUGUGAUUUUCUCUUCCUUCGUUUUUAUGGUGGAUAUGGAUGGAUUUGGAGGUGGGGGUGAUGUUGGAGGACGUCCUAAUAAUGGAGAUCUUAGGCAAUUGGCUGAUGUUCCCACAGGAGGUGCUGUUUUUGAUGCAUCACAAUAUGCAUUCUUUGGGAAAGAUGCUGUCCAGGAAGUUGAUUUGGGAGGGUUAGAGGACAAUGCCCAUUUGCCGACUUCCGAGUCUAACGAGGAGGAGUUCUUUUUUAAUAGAGAACAGGAUGAGGAUGUAAGAUCUCUUUCUGAUAUUGAUGAUCUUACGACCACCUUUUGGAAGUUGAACAAGGUUGUCAGCGGUCCAAGAAACCCAGGUGUUAUUGGUGAACGGGGAUCAAGAGAAAACUCUACAUCUGAUUUGGCACAAAGGGAAGAUGUUCAUAGCUGGUUUGAUCAGAAUGCUUAUGACAGUGAAGGUUCAAUUGAUGGAAAAAGAUGGUCAUCACAGCCCCAAUCUUCUCUUGCCCAUUUACAAAAUUCAAAGUCCUUGUACAGAACAUCUUCAUAUCCUGAGCAGCAAAGGCAGGAUCAAAAUUACCACCUCCAACAUUGUUCGAGUGAGCCCGUUCACAACUGGCUUGAUCAGCAGAUUUAUGAUAUUGAAACAGCUCAUGAUGACAAACGGUGGUCAUCUCAGCCGCAUACCUCCAUCCCACACUUGCACGAACCAACAUCCUUGUACAGAACAUCUUCAUAUCCAGACAAACAACCGGAGCUUACACGUUUUUCUAGUGAGCCAAUAUUGGUACAGAAGUCUUCAUUCACUUCUUAUCCUCCGCCAGGUGGUCGGUCUCAGCAGGGUUCUCCAAGUCAAAGUACAGGUCACUUAAACAUUCCUUAUCACACUGGAGCAGCAGCUCAGAUGGCGCUAUCAUCUCAAAAUCGUUCACAUUUCUCCAAUUCUGCUCUACAGUUGAGUGGAUUAAACCUUGGGUCACAUUUUGGUGGAAACACCCGCCAAUUUCUUAGUGGUUCCUCCUCUCUUAAUCAACGAAUACAGAACCAAUUGAUCAACCAAGCAGGGUUAUAUCCAGGAGAUCGUUCCAACCUCCUCAAUAAUAUGUUGCAGCAACAAUUACAGCUUCAUAAUGGAUCGGUUUCUCCUCACUUGAUGAAUCAAUUGCAACAGCAGCACAGACUGCACCAUCCUGUUCAGCAAUCUGCAGGCUACUUGUCAGGUUUUCAGUCUCAUUUAUUUAACCCCCACCUUUCCUCUAGCUCAUCCGUCAGUAGCAAGUAUGAUCAUAGACCAAAAUCAUCUCAAAAAGGUAAACAUAGUCAUCGGUUAUCCCAUCAGGGUUCUGAUGCCAGUAGCCAGAAGAGUGAAAGCUGUUCGUUACAGUUUCGCUCCAAACAUAUGACAAGUGAUGAAAUUGAGAGCAUUCUUAGAAUGCAGCUUGCUGUCACUCAUAGUAAUGAUCCAUACAUAGAUGACUAUUACCACCAAGGCCGUCUUGCGAAAAAACCUUCUGUGGCAAAGUUAAAACAUCCGUUUUGCCCAACCCAAAUAAAGGAACUUCCUUCACGAACACGUUCUAGUAAUGAUCCACAUGCAUUUCUUCAGGUUGAUACCCUAGGGAGGGUUUCAUUUUCGUCCAUUCGUAGGCCUCGCCCUCUUCUCGAGGUCGAUCCUCCUAACUCUUCCGUUCCUGGUAGCUCUGAGCUAAAGAUUUCAGAAAAGCCUCUCGAACAGGAGCCUACAUUUGCUGCUAGAGUCACAAUUGAAGAUGGUCUUUGUCUUCUUCUUGAUGUAGAGGAUAUUGAUCGUUUCCUACAGUCUAAUCAGCCACAAGAUGGUGGAACACAAUUAAGACGAAGAAGGCAGGUCCUGUUAGAAGGACUAGCUACUUCACUUCAACUAGUUGACCCGCUGGGAAAGAAUGGACAUAAGGUUGGGCUUGCAGCUAAGGAUGACCUUGUUUUCUUACGGAUAGUAUCUGUCUUUAAGGGACGCAAGCUCCUUGCGAAGUAUCUUCAAUUACUUCUUCCUGGUAGCGAGCUUAUGCGAAUAGUCUGCAUGACCGUCCUUCGGCAUUUAAGAUUCUUAUUUGGUGGUCUCCCCUCAGACCCGGCUGCUGCAGUGACUACAUGCAACCUUGCCAAAGUUGUUUGCCAAUGUGUCAGAGGAAUGGAUCUUGGUGCUCUUAGCGCCUGUCUUGCUGCAGUUGUUUGUUCUGCAGAGCAUCCUCCUCUACGCCCUGUUGGAAGCACUGCUGGAGAUGGUGCUUCCCUUAUUUUGGUAUCUGUUCUUGAGAGGGCUACCGAGCUUCUAACUGAUCCACAUGCAGCCUGCAACUAUAAUAUGGGUAAUCGUUCGUUUUGGCAGGCCUCAUUUGAUGAAUUCUUUGGCCUUCUUACCAAAUAUUGCAUGAAUAAAUACCACAGUAUCAUGCAGUCCCUGCUUAUACAAAGCACUCCAAAUAUGGAUGACAUUGGAUCAGAUGCUGCUAAAGCUAUUAGUAAUGAAAUGCCUGUUGAACUCUUGCGUGCAAGCCUCCCUCACACUGAUGACCGCCAAAGGAAGCUAUUACUGGAUUUUGCCCAGCGAUCUGUUCCCGUGGUUGGAUUUAACAGUAACUCCGGGGGAAGCGGAGGCCUUCUGAAUUCAGAGACAGUGCUAAGUUGAAAGAUUGCAGCAAGAAAAGCUCUCCAUAAUGGUUUUUGGGUUGAAAAAUCACAUCUUACACAACCCUGCAUCUGUUCAGAUACAUUCAGUGCUCAAAAGUACUUCUGGAGCAAUCUUAUAUGAUGGAUGAAGGCUUCUUACUCAUCGUUCAUCAUCUACUAGUUGUCAUGAUGCAGAAAAGAUAUGCAGCAUUGUGAAACAAAUAUGCAAUCAGGCCCUUUAUUUUAUAAUACACUUGGCUUGAUUUGUUCCUCUUGUCUUUUAUUUUUCUAUCGACAAGGGGUUUAUUUUGUUACUACGUGUGGCUGGUAGGAACACAGUAGUUAGUAUGUACAGGUUUAGGUAUAUAUGAUUCCCAUGUUUCCUUUCUUAUUAUUAUAUAUAGAAGGGUAAGGGUGGGUUGUAAUCUGCACCGAAUCAGUUGAAGAUGUGUUUUCUUAAGGGCUUUCGGGGAUGUGCAAACUUUACCGAGAAACAGGUUGGUUGACUAUUUAGCUUGCUGCAAAACUCGAAAGAACACUGGUGAAUAAUAAGUUAUAUUGUACCUUGUUGCAUGAUUUUAUCAUUUUUCAGAUACGUUUUAGAAUUGUCAAUUUGUAUA